AUGGGAGACCUGGUUUUCCUCUGGGUCCAAGACGUGUUCUACCAUUCGCUGGCUGUUGUCGGGGUGACCGCGAAUGUCAUCACCAUCGUCAUCCUGUGCCGAGGGAGCUGUGGCCUCGCCGGCUGCACGGUCCGGUACCUGGUGUCCAUGGCCGGGGCAGACCUGCUGGUCAUCAUCUUCUGCGUGGUCCUCAACCAACUGGUCUUGUUCUACUUCCCCUACUCCGUCCUCCUGCACUACAGCGUCUGUGCCCUCAGCAGCAUCGUGAACGCGGCGGCCGUGGACUCCUCCGUUUGGCUCACCGUGGCUUUCACCUUCGACCGCUUCGUCGCAAUCUGCUGCCCGCGAAUGAAGCUCCGUUAUUGCACGGAAAAAACGGCGACCCGGGUGGUCACCACCUUGUGCGCCGUCAACUACCUGCGAAAUAUCCCACGAUAUUUCACCUACGAACUCGCCCGGAGCCCCGUCCCUUUGGGCCGUGUACAUGUGGACGGGACGGUGCUAACCCCUCUCAUUCCCUACGUGGGAAUUCUGCUGCUCAACGCUCUGACCGUCCGUCACAUCUUGGUGACGAGCAGGGCUCGCAAGAGUUUCCGCGGAACCGGAGGCGGCGGUCAACAGGUGGACACCGAGAUGGAGAACAGGAAGAGGUCCAUGGUUCUCCUCUUCACCAUCUCGGGCAGCUUCGUGAUACUGUGGAUCCCCAGGGUAGUGGACUUUGUGUACCAGGAAAUCCUUCUGGAGAUGACGCCCAACCUCAAAGUUAGCCAGGUGGGAGCCAUGCUGAUGUAUCUCAACUCUUGCAGCAACACCUGUAUCUACGCCCUGACCCAGGCCAAGUUCAGGGAGCAGGUGUAUGAGCUUGUCACCUUUCCCGUCUGCCGGUUGCUGAAGUUCCUCUCGGACUCAGUGCCCAAGCGUGGACUCCGCCCGCGACACUGA